AUGGCGGGUGGUAACAAUCAGGUUACUGAAGAUUAUUCAGUUGCAUUUGGGGAUGUGAUUUAUGUCAAGCUUCCUCGCAGUGGUUUGUGGUGGCCUUCACAGGUUGUUAAUGAUGAAGCUGUUGUUUCGAGUUUGAAGCCUAGAAGUUGUCGCAAGGGGGAGGUUCUUGUUCGGGUUUACGGAAGCCAUUUGUUCUUGAAUGUGGAUCCGGUUAAAUCUUGUUCUGAGUUUGAGACGAUUCUCAAGGAUAAUAAUGGGGAUCUCCAAAAAAUACUCCGCGGAGGUCUUGAAAAGAGCCUUCCUAGCUCAAAGAAAUCAGCAUCGAAGGCUAAAGCCGGGACUCCAAGUAAGAAGGCUAGUAGUAGCAAGAAACAGUCAAACACGAAAGGCGAGGAGCAGACCAAAGCCAAGCGCCAAAAACAAAAUGAGUCAAAGGACGAUGAUCUGGGCAGCCCAAGUUGUGAAACAGCCACCAGAAAGCUCCAAGAGUUGAGUUCCCGAAGGAUUAGAGUGAUGCAAAGCCUUGGUCUCAGUGCUCCCACUGGUUCACCAUUCAUCAAAGUUAGGGGUAAUUGA